CGGGAGUGGAGAUGACUCGAGUAAUGCGCGUUUUAGUUCCUGGCGCUGCUGACGCAGUUUCGUUUCUUUCCGCUACAGUCAGUGCGCAGUAAGAUUUCAUUUUUUAGUGAUAGCAAAAAGAAGAGAUGUUGCAGGAUAAAGAAGUGGAUAGUCUCGGCCCUUUGGAAAGCUUCAUUGAUACAGAAAAAAGUGUAACUUUCAGAACAGACAAUGGCUUAUUCUGGUGCAGUGUUGACGUUGGGGGAGAAUUCAACAGCAUUCAAGGUGUCAGAAGUUUUAAUGAAGAAUCUUGUAAGUUCAAGGUAUUGAGAGGGAAGAAUGGCAAGAUACUGCUACAGGAUUGGCGAGGAGUAUACCUCAGCAGAGUCCACAGAGUCAAUGAAAAUUUUAUUGAGGCUGCAAAAUCUGAAUCAGAUGCAUUAUGUGAAUUUCAAGUAUCCUAUGAGGAUGGGAAAGUGAUCUUCAGAGCCGACAAUGGAAAGCUUGUCAGCAGAUAUUUCAAUUAUACAGAGCACCAUAUCGAAGCAGCUUAUGAGCAACCUAAUGUCUGCUGCAGAUUCACUGUAAGCCCUGGAGACUCCACAAACAGUCAAACUUCUCUGGAAAGAUACAUUGACAGUGACCAGUGGGUAACUUUCAGAACAAUUGAAGGUACAUUCUGGUGCAGCAAGGCUCAUAGUGGUGGCAUUUACAAGCUCCAGGCUGUAGACACUCACGAUGAAGAAUUGUGCAAGUUCAAGGUUUCAAAGGCCGACAAUGGCAAGAUACUACUUCAGGACAAAAGGGGUGUAUACCUUAGCCUCAAUCAAAGUGAUGGCAUUGGAAGAAUUCAAGCGACUAAACGUGAACCUGACACAUCCUGUGAAUUUCAAGUCUCAUACGAAGGCAAAAGGGUACUCUUCAAAGCUGAAAAUAGCAGGAUGCUGAGCUUGUUUUACCAUUGUGGCGGCCACCCAAUAAAAGCGGAUAAAGAUGUUUCAGAUAUCUUCUGCAAGUUAACAGUCAACAGUGAAGCCCCACGUGCUACCAUUGCUAAUUUGGAAGAAUACAUCAACACAGAUAAAUGGGUCAUUUUUACAACAGACAAUGGCUUAUUCUGGUGCAGCAAACCUGAUGGUCAGAUUCAGGCAGUCGACAUCUUCGAUGAAGAGUGGUGCAAGUUUAAAGUCACAAGAGUAAAUGGUGCAAUCUUUCUGCAAGAUAAACGUGGAAUUUACCUCAGCAGAAUUCGAAGAGGUGAUAUUGACUUUAUUGAAGCCGCUAAACCUGAACCAGAUGUAUUUUGUGAAUUCAGUGUCUCCUCUGAGAAUGAAAAGCUCUUAUUUAGAGCUGAGAAUGGAAGAAUGUUAAGCAGAGUUUGUCGUUAUGGACAACAAAUUAUUGAAGCAGCAAAAGAUACUCCAGAUAUCUUCUGCCAGGUCACCGUCAAUGAAGGUACAUAUCUAAAUGCAGAAUGAUAAAAGUCUGUUGCUUCUUUAUAAACCUGAAAAAAUAAAACUACUUCAAUGCUCAUGUUAGAAAGAUUAGAGCUAUAUUGUUUAAUUAAUUUCACAGGAAGUGUGAAAAAGAUAUCAAAUACUCAUUCAUUCCUAAACCCAUUAUAAUCACUACAAAUAAUUCGCAUUUUUAGAAGUUGCUCUUUCAAUAGUCACUUUAGGGGAGCACACCAUAACAAGGUGCUUGAUGAGUAUCAAUACCAAAUGUUUCUUAUGACAAGUAAAAGUAAAAAAAUAUAUACCAAAAAAACUUGAAAUUUCCAUUAAAAUGAAACUGUUUGAGUGUUAAAUUAAAUUUUAAAUAAAAGUACUUGUGUACAUGAACAAUCUUCAGUAUUUUAGGGCAAUGUUUAUUAUAGUCGUUCCGGUUAAAUACAGUAUGUCCUGAAAAACAGCUUUUUGUAGUUUAAUUAUUUUUACUGAUAAACAGAAUUUUUGUUACUUUACAUUACAAGUUGAAUAAUCUUGCCUGUAAUUGGCACCACCUACUUUUUUACAGUACAAAAUGAUCAGGGUCAGUAUGCUGUCUGAUCUUUGGCAUUUAUCUGGUUUGUAAUGACCAGUGAAAAUGAGAAACAUAAGGUCUGUAUAUGAAAUAAUUCCUUUCUUGAAACUAGGUUAAUGUUUUUGACUCAAAUGAUUUAUUUGUUCUUAGUCUCUCAAUUUUUGCAGCAAAUCAAUAUAUAGAAUCUUUAAAUUGUUGAAUAAGAUUAUAAUAAUUGAUUUAAUCGAAUAUAAUAAGGGCUUUGAAAGAUAGAGGUUUGAAGAUAUUGUAAAUAGGAAGAAGACAGUAUUUGAGGUUUAAUGAUCAGGAUUCAGAAGUUAGCCUGCAGAGAGAGCUUCUAAAAAGAGUGGAACAGCGGAAGACAAAAUGAGGGAGGCCAAAGCAGAGAUGGAUGAAUAAAGUAAAAGAAGAUUGGAAGAAAAAGGAUUUAAUUGUGGAGGUGGAGGAUCAAGCUGUAUGGAGGUUGAUCAGCUACAUUGACACCACAUAGAAGUGGGAAAAGAUGAAGUUGAAGAAGUUUAAUAUGAUUAAAAUAUUCCAUGUCAGUAGUGACAAGUUACUGACCUUUUCAGUUUUAAAAUAAUGAAAAAUAAGUACAUUGUGUUAUUUUAAUUACACUGGGUGUUAACCAUCCACCUACUCUUUAGCCAUGUGUUUUGCUGCUGAAAUAACUCAGUUUCUCAUUGUUUUUAUGUGGGUUUUCCUUCCAUAUCCUGAAUGAUGUGUACAUUAGGUUGACUGGUAAUUGUAAAUUUGACCCAAUUUGAUUGGGCUCUCUGAUGCUCCUGCCAGGAUUGGUUCACCAUUACUUGGAUUAAACCAUGCUGAGAAUGAGUAUGGCUAUGACUAUUAAAAUAGCCUUAAAGAGUGUCACAGAUGUGUGACCGGGGUAGUGGGUGGGUGGGGGUCAUCGUCCUGGUUUGACUGACAUAAGCGAUACCACUCUAGGACAAGAGGGGGCACUGUUGCUAACAGUAUCUUCUGUUUCACCCACAGCCCCUAGAAGAUGCCCAGUGAGGUCAACCAAGCCCAGCCGUGACACCCAGAGUAGGCCCGGCCCCUUUCAGUCAGGGCGGCACAAAACCAGGCAGCCCAGAAAGGUGGUGUCUUGUUCACUCUUGGCUCUUGCAUGUUCCCGUACGUGAUCUGAGAAAGAGAUAACUUUGAUGGGCUAAUUUUCUGUUGUGCCACAGUAUAGUCUUUUUUCCUUCUUUGCUCAGUUUGCUUAUUAAACAUGACUACUAGGUUGGUAUCCAACCAAUUUUGUGCUGCCUUGGUAUGGUCUGUCUGCCGGUCGCAAGGGUUAAUUAAAUGCAAUAUUCUUUUAGAGCAGCUUUUUGCCUUUACUAAUAAUCAAGGCUAUAUACUUUCUGAAUCACACACAGUCUAACACUUGUGAAAAAGAGACCAAAGAGACAGAUUAAGGGUUGGGGGAACUGUCCCCAUAUACUGUAGGUGAACCAGAAUAUUUGCUUCUUCAUGUACAGAGUGUAAGAAUUAGCAUAUACAUUCGGCAAUCAUACUGGAAAGGCAGCUGGUUUUUAUGGUGGAUGGACCGGAAAUUGGUGUAGAGGUGAGAUGGCAUAGACGGGAUGGGACGGAGAUGAUGUCAUCAGAGUGCGACUGGGUUGAAGUCGUCACAUGGGGACAUCUGGAAUGCAGAAGGUCUUCCUUGCUUGUGCUUGUUUUUUAGUGGAGACUUCACAUAUCUGGAUUCAUCUGUUCUUCGAUCUUUGUGAUUAAAAAAGGAGAGAAGCGUUAGUAUUCUGUCUUAUAUCCCUGUCCAGUGAGUUUUCGCGCACCAUUGAUCCUUUUGGCUGCCGCCUAAUCAUGCGUGUGUGACACACUUUAACCCUGGUUUACUUAAACUUGUGGUCAUAUGUAUGUACUUGGACAACUAUUUUAUUUUAUUUAAUUAACCAACCAAACACUCCUUUUAAUGCUAAACUUUAAAAAAAAAGUAGUUGUUUAAUUUUAAUGUUUGUCUUUUAAUGUGAAUAACAAAUACUCUUUGAAUUUUCUUUUAAAAAUGGAUUUAGGCAGAUAUAUAGUAGAGUGUGAUAACCUAGUUGGACAAGUUGGAGCACUGAUACCACUUUAAUGGCAAGGGCCUGGACAAGACCAAUGCUGUUAUUCCAGGUCCAUAAAAUGACAAACUGAGUAGUUUUCUCGUGGUUGUAUCCCCACAUCCCAAGCAUAUUAGGUUGAUUUGAUAGGCCCAGUGUCCUAUGGGAGCAGAUAUCAGUGUCAUCCUCUCUGCUGAACUGUGGCAGAUUUAAACAAAUAGAUUUUUGAAAACCUUCACUUAUUUCACUUGCGCUGCAUUAAUUCAGUAUAGCAUAAGACCAUAGCCUCCCAAUUCACACUGACGCUGGUCCAUAUGUCAGUUCUGCAGGAAAGAAUGAAAAACUCCAGCUUUUGCCAUUUUAAACUAUUUUCAGCAGAUUCUCAGUGUUCCUGUAUCAGUGCUUGCUGGUGAUUUUUAUUUUCAUUUUGAGUCUGUAUUAUAUGUUUAGUAAGAGAAUUCAGCUUCAUUUCACAGCAGUUAUGGAUAUUAUAUGUAUACAUUGUGGCCAGUAGGGGGUGCUCCAGCUCCCCAAGCACAACACAGAUAGGCUCAGACAUCGGUAUGAAAGCACCAAAGAGUUUUUAUUUGUGGGAAACGCUUCCUCUAUGUUUCCCACCAGUGUAGCACAAGCACGAUACAGCCAGCGCACAGCAACUCUUUGUCUCUUCCCCGCUCUGUUUUUCUUGUCUCUGCAUCCUCCACUCCUCACAGCAAGCAUUGUCCUCCACCUUCCAACUCUCACUCCCUAAAUGAAGGCAACGGGCUUCUUUUGUUUUUCACCUGGGAGUACUUCCGGUGGUUUGUUAGCAUGGUUAGGAAGCACUUCCAGGUGAGGCAGAAGCCAAACAAAAUAGGGCUCUUCAGUACACACAGCAACCCCUGGCAGCACCCACGGAACCUAACAGGGCCAAGACUGCAAAUUCCAAGUCCCAGUGUGCCCUGUGGGAAUCUGAGGCACCGCUGCAACCCCAUCUAGUGAUCUCUACCCUGGUCCUCAGUCCACCUCAAAGACUUUGUUCUGAAAGAAUUUGGCUGUGGGUGAAAUCUGUUUAAUGACCCCUGCUGUAAUUGGUGCCUCAUCGAGUCUACUGACAGUGUCAGUGUGGAAAUGGAUUAAUGCAUGACUUUAUGUUAGUAGCAUUUAUUAUUACUUAAUAUCUGGCUGAUGCCUUUAUCUUAGUCAACUUACAACAAUUGAGAUAUGCAAAGGUUUUUUAAUUUAAUAUUUAACAACAUCAUUUAAUAACAUAUACAAUGUGUAAAUAGUAUGUGAUAUUACUGUUCAAUAAAUAUUGUACAAACUAUACGUUACAAUAAAAGUAUAAUAACAUAAUAUAAUUUAGUAUAACUAAGUUUACUGUUUAAUGUCAGCUAAAAUUAUUUGUGAAAUAGGAGAUGUAACCAGAAAUGCAGUAUAUACUGUACAUCAAUAAAAGCCUAAAAUCUUCA